GAGAGACUUUACAUACAUUCUUCCAUUUCCCUUUCCUUUUUCUUCCAUCUGAUCUGCAAAUCAGAAUAAAGAAGGAAAUGGAGUUCUCUUUUCUGCAGGUUUCCAUCGCUAUAAUGGCCUUAGCCGCCGUUGCCCAGACAUCCCUCGCCCUCCCUGAUACCAACGGUGAGUCUAAUUCCGUUAAAGACUUUCUUGCCGGACAUAACGCGGCCCGGGCAUCCGUUGGCGUUCCGCCUCUUAGGUGGAACGCCACCGUGGCGGCCUACGCGGAAGCCUAUGCGGCCCAGAGGUCCACCGACUGUGCGCUAGAGCACUCGGGAGGGCCGUACGGGGAAAACAUCGCCGAGGGCUACGGCGACUUGUCGGCGGCGGAUUCCGUGAAGAUGUGGGCCGGUGAGAAGCCGAACUACGACUACGCGUCGAAUUCUUGCGUCGGCGGCGAGUGCUUGCAUUAUACGCAGGUGGUUUGGCGCAACACCGUGAGUAUUGGCUGUGCUAGGGCUGCAUGCCAGAAUGGUUGGAUGUUCGUCACAUGCAACUAUUAUCCUCCCGGUAACUAUGAAGGUGAACGUCCUUAUUAAGGAUAAUUCACCUAUUUUUCUCAAUUGGAUUAGUCUCGUCGAAGGUAGUAUAUGUUAAAAAAAAAAUACAAUACAAAAAUCAUAUGUUGUCAUGUAAUAAUAAUAUUGGUUCAUGCAUGGAUGUUAGUUCAAUCCAAAUUUCAACUUUUUCAUUCUU